AUGGCAGACGAAGUUCCCACGGCCGUGCCGCUUGCAACACCAGCCGGCUCGUCAUCGCUCUCCUUCACCCAAGGCUUCCUGCUCGGCCAGCUUUCCAUUGCAAUCUUGAUUUUCUGCUUCAUAAAGUUCUUUAUCUUUGGAGAACCCCCGUCGGCCGAUGACCGAGCAUUGCACCUCAAUUCGCUCAGACGGGCGCGGACACUAGCACACCAGCAGUCGUACAAGCAAUUGCGGACGCGCGCGAACUCUACGUCCCUGUCACUCCGCCACAAGCCCUCGACAAGCAUAAUACGAAAGGGAGAAGAGACCAGAGGCGGACCGAGCAUAGCCACCAUCCUCGCCAAGACAUACUACAAUGUGAAGGGACACCAACCCGAGAGUCUGGACUGGUUCAACGUGCUCAUUGCGCAAACCAUAGCACAGCUGCGAGCCGAUGCGCGACAGGACGAUGCCAUUCUUACCUCACUCACCGAGGUGCUCAACACGGGCAGCAAGCCCGACUGGAUAGGCGAGAUCAAGGUGACGGAGAUAGCGCUGGGCGACGAAUUCCCCAUCUUCAGUAACUGCAGAGUCAUGCCCGCGGAAGAUGGAUUCUGGUAUGGACCAGGAAGCACAGGCAACGACAAGGAAAGGCUACAGGCCCGAAUGGAUGUUGAUCUGAGCGACGUCAUCACCAUCGGUGUCGAAACGACGUUGAAUUUGAACUGGCCAAAGCCCAUGUCUGCAGUUCUGCCAGUUGCGCUGGCCGUGAGCAUUGUGCGCUUCUCGGGAACCCUGGCAAUGUCAUUUAUACCCUCCUCAUCGCCUCCGUCUACCACAGCGCCCAUGCCGUCGCCGACAAGCAACACGCAUCGCAGCUCUUCUCCAAGCCGCCCUGCAUCCUCCUCUGGCGCGCCACCGCAUCGACCAACGACGCUGGCAUUCACCUUCCUCGAUGAUUACCGACUCGAUCUUUCCGUGCGGUCGCUAGUCGGAUCACGUUCGCGGCUUCAGGACGUGCCUAAGAUUGCGCAACUCAUCGAAUCCCGCGUCCAUGCCUGGUUCGACGAGCGCGCCGUCGAACCUCGUUUCCAGCAGAUCGUCCUCCCCUCGCUCUGGCCACGAAAACACAAUACCAGAGGCGGAGCCCCCGAGGACACUGAAGCAGCAGCAGAAGGGGAAGAAGGACUAGACGAGGAUGAUUUCGCCGUCGUGGACGGUAACGGCACAGCUCCUGGUUCAACGUCCUACAUACCCAGUCCCAUAGCCGAGAACGUGACGCUGGAAGAGCGCAUAGAAGCAGAAGGUGCGAAAAUGCGGGAAGCAGAAAUAAGAGCAGGCGUCCGCAAACCUAGCGCGUCGCAAGAGCGCAGUCGAGGCAGGGACGACCGUGCAGAUGGCAUGCGCUGGCGAGGGGCCUUGCCUCGAUGA